AUUGAUUUUGAUUAAAAUUAUGAAUGAAGCUCGAGAAUCAUUAAGACUUAGGGUGUAUUAUGCAUCUCGUGAUGGCAUGGCAAUUACCUUGUAUGCAUUGUUGGCAGAAGAGCCAGUAGAGACUUGGCCUUUGUAUUUAGAUUAUCUUGUGGAAGAAGAGGGUCAAAAAUGUACACCAUUGAUCAUAGCUGCUAAAAAUGGACACGAUAAAGUUGUUAAAAUGUUAUUGUCAAAGUUCAACCCAGAUAUUGAGAAGGAAGGAACAGUACAGUUUGAUGGGUAUGUUAUUGAAGGUGCUACCCCAUUAUGGUGUGCAGCUGGAGCAGGUUUCUUAAAUGUUGUAAAAACCUUAGUGAAGCAUGGUGCAAAUGUGAACCAUCCAACUCGCACUAAUUCAACUCCUCUGAGAGCAGCAUGUUUUGAUGGACGUUUGGACAUUGUUCGAUUUUUGGUAGAGAAUAGUGCUGAUAUACAUAUUGCUAACAAAUAUAAUAAUACUUGUCUAAUGAUAGCAGCCUAUAAAGGGCAUCUUGAUGUUGUCAGUUAUUUGCUGAAAAAAGGAGCUGAUCCAGAUGCUCAUGCCCAUUGUGGUGCGACUUCACUUCACUUUGCUGCUGAACAUGGGCAUUUGGAUGUUGUUAAAGAACUACUUAAAGGAGGUGCAAAUGUUAAGAAAAAUGUAGUAGGGAUGAUUCCAGUCAUGGCAGCAGCAGAAAGGACAAAGGAUGAAGUGGUGGAAUAUUUUAUUACUCAACCGUGGUGUACCAAAAUGGAGCAAAUAGAUGCUUUGGAAUUACUUGGAGCAUCAUAUGCCAAUGAUAAAGACAACUAUAAUCUUGAAAAGGCCUAUAAUUAUCUUGAAAGGGCCAUGAAAGUCCGUUAUGAAGAUCCUGAUAACAUUAUCUCAAAACCAAUAACAACUCCAAUUCCUGCUUAUGACAACAGAGUGGAAAGUCAUGAUUGUACAACACUAAGAGCUCUACAACAUGAUCCUAACGCUUUGCAUAUGGAAUCAUUAGUGAUCAGGGAAAGAAUUUUAGGAUCUCAGAAUCCUGAGGUUCCCCAUCCUGUCAUAUUUAGAGGAGCUGUUUUUGCCGACAGUGCACGAUUCGACCGCUGUAUCCAGCUCUGGCAACAUGCUUUACGUCUGAGGCACCAGAGUCAUGUUACUGGUGUACGCAAAGAUCUUCUAAGGUUUGCACAGGUGUUUUCACAGAUGUUGCACAUUGGUGUUGAAAUAUCUAUAGAGCAAGUUGAGGAGGUACUAGAUAUAGCAGUGCGUGAGCUGGAAAGGAACGUGGAGAAUUUGAAGAGUUGUGAAAAAAAUAUGCAAGCACAGUACCUAGAAGAAUUAGAUGAUAAUAUUCACACUGUGCUGUACUUACUUGUAAUUACUACAAAACUUCUUAAAAAAUGUACAAAGGAAGAAGAAUACAGAAUUUCACAGAUUGUUUACAGGCUAAAUCAAACAUCAGUUACAACUCAAAAUGGCUCAACACUACUUCAUCUUACUGUUAACUCGGAAACACACGUUGAUGAAUUCCACACCAAAAACGUAUGUAAGUUUCCAUGUGCUGCGACUUCCAAACUUCUUAUUCAGUGUGGUGCUGAUGUGAAUGCUAUGGACAAGGAAAGGAACACACCAUUGCAUAUCAUUGUUGGUUACCAAAACCCCAUUACAGACUUCCUCACAUUUCACUCGAUAAUAACGGCACUUAUUGAAGCUUGUGCACAUAUGGAUGCUAUGAACAAUAGUGGUGAAACACCUUUUGAUGCAGCCACAACAGGAGUUGCAGAAGUAAUUCUUCGUACACAGGCCAAAUUAAGCUUAAAAUGCAUGGCUGCAAAAGCUGUAAAAAAGUUUAAUUUAAAUUAUGAACAACAUGUGCCUCAUACUCUCUUAAGUUUUAUAGAAAUGCACGGUGUACCGUGUAAACCUAAAUUAGGUGUAGAUUAAGUAGAUAAGUAAAAUAUAUUGAGAAAAAUGGAGUUUAUAUAAUUUCUUUUUCAAAUAAAAAAAAUUCAGGGAAAAGGUUUUUCUUCUAAUCAUUUGGAACCUUUAAAUUUUUAAUCAUUCAAGAUAGACAUGUUCCUUUAGGGUUACUGCAAAUAAGAUAAGGUUAAUUAUCAAAGAGUAUAAUUUAAAGGAUGAAGGUAAAUAAAAGGAUUAUAAAUUUAAGAAGACUUGGAGGUUUAUAGAAAACCAAGAGUUGAUCAAACAGGGUAUUGGGUAAUAUAGAAGUGUAUAGGGAAAAAAAGGCAAGGGUUUCUUUAAAUACAUUAAAGAGGUACAAAAUGCUAGAAGCCUGGCAUUUGAGAGAUGACAAAGGGAGGUUCAUAUCUAAUGAUUAUGAUACAGCUGCAUUACUAAAUUUUGCUUUUUCUUCAAUUUUUACUAAUGAAGAUUUAACUAAUAUUCCUCAUCCUGAACAGUUGCUAAAGAAAAACAAGAUGAUCACAUUAAUUCUGAGCUUGUUAUUAAAAACUUGGCAAGCGUAAAGAAUGAUAAGCAGCUGUGCCUGCUAACAUUUUCCAAAGGUUUUGAAAGAGGUUAAGGAUUGGAUAAGUGAGCCAUUAGCUACCAUAUUUGUUAAGCUUUGAAUAGUGGGCAAGUGCCAGAAGAUUGGAAGUUGGCUAAUGUUAUUCCUCUUUUUGAGGGAGGUGAUAAAAAUUAUUUCAGGCCUAUUAGUUGUAUAAUAGUGGUGGGAAAGAUUAUUAAACUU